AUGGGCGGCGGCGCGGGAGAGAAGCGCGACUUCGACACGCAGCUGCGGUAUCUCUUCGACCCGACGCAGAAGACGGGCGUGACCGAAUAUACGACGUCGACGGAACGGGCGCACGAGGGCGUGGCCAUACCUAGAAUACCUCGGGUGGACAAGAACGCUAGUGAUAAGGAAGCGGUCAUCGACUCGACGGGCUUCCCGCCCUGCUUCACCUCGACGAACACCGCCGAAUUUAAUCGCGACACGACGACGUUCUCGCGACGAUACGUCAAGAGGGAGCCCUGUUUUGAUAGGCAAUCAUCUUGUGCCACGAACUACAGCUUAGGAGAAGCGCCCUUCGAGACGAAGACGACGAACGACGUCCUGUUUGCGCAUCCGCUCACGAAGCCUCGCGUCGACCAGGGCGAGAUCGGGGGCUGGAAACACCCUGACGGGUCCUAUAAAUUGGAGCAGGAGGCGAUCGAUAGCAUCAAGCGCGGCGGCGGCGGCGGCGCCGGGUGUCUGGGCAUCUCCUUCAACGUGAUUACCGGCGAGGAGAUCCCCGGCAUCCGCGAGGGCAAGCGGGCGAUUUACGGGGCGCGGCGGACGCUGAACGUGACGUUCAGGCCUGUGUGGAAAUCAACGUCGCGUCGUUGGCGUGGGGCGCCUGAAAUUUUAUUUCCACACAGGCAAUACCGGGAGCAUCCUGGCGAUUCGUACAAUCCCGUGACGAUGAGAGAUGUUCCUGCUACCGCACCACCUCAUCAAACCACGGAGAUGCUGAAGCGGUCCGAGGACGUUCACCUUCGAACUCGGCCCUGGUAA